UCACUGACACAGUUAAUUAACAAACAAAAGCACAAACAGGGAGUUAUUAGAGGCACAGAAUCACAUCUAAAAGCAGAAUUUCUUAGAAUGAUGUCUCAAAUUUUUACAGGCUAAUAUUUUUAUUUUAUCUUUACAUCAUUUCCUGUGAAUUUCUUUAUCUUUACCUUCACAGUUACACACUGGAAGGUCACAGUCUGACUGACUCACUCUUCACCUGUCACUUCUCAUUAUGUUUUAGGAAACCAUCUUGCCCUCAGCAGGGGUGGAUCUACCUUUCUCUCUUUACCUGUCUGCAUGUCUGAAUCAGUAGAUCUCUCUUAGAGAAACUGAUUUCCAGCUGUAAUGUCAGCAUGCUAAUUUUUCUCUAACCUGAAAAUAAGGCUUUGUAUCCAUGGAUGCAUCCAACAGUGUGUCUGCGCUGUGGUACAGGACGUCCAAGCCACUGGGGAAGGUAAGGCGACGUCUCCAAGACCUCCGCAUCCCUUCGUCUUCCUAUGAUUUCAUAUCUAGCAGCUCGACAGUGGACCUGAGCCACAACGAGAGCGCUCGUCUUGCAGCAGACUGUCUGCUCAGCCGGGGCUUGGAGGAAUACCACGAGGUGUUGAGAGCAGAGGGAGAAGUGGACUUUCUGUCAGAGCCAGAGAAGAAUUACAUCCUGAAGAAUGGGAGGGAUAGUCACACAGAUGAUCCUGGUGAGCAGCAUGAUGAUGGCAAAGAGUUGGAGAGCUUAUCUGCUGGCUCAAAGUCUCCCACACAGUGCUCUGAAGUGUCAGCAGACAGUGACUGUACUCUGGCAGAGUCAGAUGUGAAAUCGAGUGGUCCUGCGUUGGUUAAACAGAUGAUUCAGGUUUUCUUCCCCUCAGACUGCAGGGCAGCUGGCAUGAAAGACCUGGUUAGGCAGUUCAUCAGAAAGGCUAAACUGGCCCUGGCUAUAGUGGUGGACAGCUUCAGUGACGUGGAGCUGCUUUGUGAUCUUCUGGAGGCGAGCAAGAAGAGAAACGUGUCUGUACAUCUGCUGUUGGACCAGCUGAACCUGAACCUGUUUGUUAGCAUGUGGCAGGACCUCAAACUCGACAGUAAAAACUUUCCUAAACUGUCAGUACACAGCGUCUAUGGACAGACCUACUGUGCAAAGACAGGCAGGAAGCUGAAAGGUCAGAUUGCAGAGAGUUUUAUCAUCAGUGACUGGACUGAGGUGCUGACUGGUUCAUACAGCUUCUCCUGGUUGUCCUGGCAGGUCCACCGGAGUCUUGCUGUUCUGUUAAAGGGCAGCGCAGUCACAUGUUUCCUGCAGGAAUUUCACAGGCUGCACUCCAGCUCCAAACCCGUCACCGGCUUUGUCACCUUUAUCACUGUGCCCCACACUCUUUCCCGACACUCCAUAUCACAUGCGGCUCUUCAUAGCAACACUGGUAUCAGUAAGCAGACAUCAAACCAGACAGGUCUGCAAUGGGAUUGGAAUAAAAACGCUGAAAACACUCAGACAAAAGCAGCAGGGACAGUUCUACAUAAACCCCAGAGCCCAGCACUGGAGAGCAGCCGGGGGGAUAACCAACCUCAGCACAGAGCAGACACUGGUACACAAACCCAAAGAAAACCUCUGCAGCUGUACCCGAAGCCUUUGAUUCAACCAGAAAUGGAGUGUAAGGUGCAGAGUAAAUCUGUGGAAAAGCCCAAAUAUACAAUGGAAGCUGGACACACAAUGCAUAAUGAAAAAGAGAAGAGCAAAUACCAGAUUCAGAGUCACUUAAACCUGCCUGAUCAUACCCACUACAUCAGCACUACAGCUGAAAAGAAUGCAGCGAUUCAAGAGUCAGACCCUCUGCACACUGUGUCCCCGACACACAGACAGCACAGCACUGUACUCUGUGAAACACCUUUGAAGAAUUCAAAUCUUGAUCCCGCAGAAGUGGCUACCGAAGGGCUCUUCUUUCAGCAGAGGAACAGAAACAUACCGACAAACCCUCUGAGGACUGCUGCAGACCUGAACACACAGAGAGGACAGUGGAGCUUCUCACACAGUUUCAAACCCAAAGUGGAACUUCCACAUGAUAAUCCCAAACUCCACCCUCCUCCUACACCACAGCACAAACAAGCAAACACCACUCAUCAGUUUCUUUUUACACACACACCUGGUGUGCAAACCAAAUUCUCCUUUCUAGAAACCAGGAGGCAGAAUCAGCCACAGAGGUACUGCCAGCCCCAGCUCCAACCACAAACUAUCAAAGAGCCUCCAGGUUCAACAGGAGCUCAUCUCAGGCCUCAGCUCCAGAAAGACCCAAAGCUCUUUCUUCCAGGUACAGCAGCCCAGAUGAAUUUUCAGUCCCACGCUUUCCAGCAACCUAAUCCCCUUCGGAGGCUAAACUGGAGCCCCCAGAAUCAUCCUAUGGAGCGUCACAGCUCCUUCAGGACCCCCCACAGGAUGGGACAGAUGACUGGCUGGGGGCCUUUACAGAGCAGCAUGAAUACACCACUGAGAAGAAGCAAGAGUAUGAAUGAGAGACAGACAGCAGGGUUCAGUCUAAACAGAACAUUUAGCUAGCUCUAUAUUGGUCACAUUUAUCCACCCACAGACACACAGGAGCUGCAGCUAUAAAAACAGCACAAUAUCCUCAUAAGUUUCGCUGAGCUUGUGUGAUAUUUUAAUGUAAACCUGUUGAAAUUAUACUAGACCAAGAGAUGAGCUUAUUAUUGCUACAAGUCCAGCAGCUGUAUCUGCAUAUUUUUGUUAAAAUAAAAUAUAACUUCUUGACAACGCAUAAUCUGUUACAUCUCUUUAAUCCUGAAAGGUGUAUUAAAGUAGAACAUUUGGGGUAAUUUUACAGGUGCUACACACACUCACAAAGGUGCUUUCUGUUAUUAAACAUCUGCUAAGGUUGAUGUUGAGUGGAGCGAUGUGAGGAGUUAAUCUGUUGCCACUAACAUGACGAGAACAAACAACAAGCCUACACUGUCCUGAGAGAUUUUAUUAUCUGCAUAAUGCUCAGAAUGCUCAUCUGAUACGA